AAUCAAAUACCCUUUCUACUUCUUCUUCAACGCUCUUUAGUACAGCGGAAGAACGAAGCCUCCUCGUUCUUCUUCUUCUGCGCUUUCUCUCUCCCUCUCUAGAACCGUAACCGUCGUUUCUUUCUUUCUCUCUCCUCAACCAGAGAUAAAGAGUCACCUUCUUAUUUUUCUGAAUCUCGCGGCGUUGUUCUUUCUGCUGCUGCGGCUGUGGUUCCGGCGGCGAUGGGACAGCAAUCGUUGAUCUACAGCUUCGUCGCUCGAGGCACCGUUAUCCUCGCGGAGUACACCGAGUUCACCGGAAACUUCACCGGCGUGGCGGCGCAGUGCCUCCAGAAACUCCCUUCCUCCAACAACAAGUUCACCUACAACUGCGAUGGCCACACCUUCAACUACCUCGUCGAUAACGGAUUCACUUACUGUGUGGUUGCCGUUGAGUCUGCUGGACGGCAGAUUCCAAUUGCUUUCCUUGAACGAAUCAAGGAGGAUUUUACCAAGAAAUAUGCUGGAGGAAAAGCAGCAACAGCGGCUGCUCAGAGCCUCAACAGAGAGUUUGGACCUAAGUUGAAGGAGCAGAUGCAGUACUGUGUUGAUCACCCAGAGGAAAUUAGCAAGCUUGCAAAAGUGAAGGCUCAGGUUUCAGAAGUCAAAGGAGUUAUGAUGGAAAAUAUUGAGAAGGUUCUUGACCGUGGGGAGAAAAUUGAGCUUUUGGUGGAUAAAACAGAGAACCUUCGCUCUCAGGCUCAAGAUUUCAGGCAGCAGGGAACCAAGAUUAGGAGAAAGAUGUGGUUCCAAAACAUGAAGAUAAAGCUAAUCGUUCUGGGUAUCAUAAUUGCCUUGAUUCUUAUUAUUGUUCUUUCCGUUUGUGGUGGCUUCAACUGUGGUAAAUGAUGAGUCUUUCCCACGUCCUGGCUUCAACUGUGGUAUUUGUCUCCUCACUUGAUAAGAUUGUUGCUAGCAGAUUGCCAUUGCCUCAACUGUCGACGUAGUGCUUUUGACUUACUUUUUGGGAUUUACAUUCUUCCGUCUUCUCCGAUGAUAGAUGUUAUAUGGCAUUGCUUGUAUAGUGUGAAUUGUUUAGUCUAUCAUCUUGUCUCCCAUAGCGUAAUGCUAAUCUGUCAUUCUCUAUAGUUUAGGUGGGAGUUUCAGCAUAUGGUUUGAGGAUUAUGUUUUUUAAGUAUGCUUACAUAUUAAGAAACCAACCAUUACGUAGUUGAGCUUUUUUAUUACCAACUUACCAUAUUUUUUGUUGGACUUGUGAUAAUCCGUGCGUUUGUGUGUGAACGUUUUAUCCAUCUUCGAGGCCUUGCUUAUGUUCUAAUUCUAAA